AAACAAGUGACGAGUUGAGAGGUCGAAGCGAGAAACUGGGUGAAUGACAGCGUGCGUGUAACGUUUGGCCGUGAUUAAGUGCCUCCAAUGGCUGGCCGGCUGCUGAGAGUGUCGUCUGUUGCAACGGCAGUGGUGGCGUCGUCAGGCUUCUACCUCUACAACAACAAACAACUGAACCCCAAUGACAUCAGCCUGGUCCGCUUCGGACGUGCCGCAGCUACGACUGUCGUGAUCAGCUAUGACUACAUGACGUCUCUGAAACAUGUGGAGUAUGGAUCAGAGGAGUACUGGGCGCUCAAAUCCCAGGUGCACCGUCGGUCAGCCGAGAGGCUGCGUGACCUGUGCUGCGCCAACAGAGGCACCUUCAUCAAGGUGGGUCAACACCUGGGAGCCCUUGACUACCUCUUACCUGAGGAGUACACCUCCACCCUCAAAGUCCUGCACAGCAGAGCACCAGAGAGCUCCAUGGAGGAGAUCCAGCAGGUCAUCAGAGAAGACCUGGGGAAGGAGCUCUCUGAUCUGUUCACCUCCUUCGAUGAGAAACCCCAGGGCGCGGCGUCGCUGGCCCAGGUCCACAAGGCAGUGUUGCACGAUGGGAGGACAGUGGCUGUGAAGGUCCAACACCCCAAGGUCCAGACACAGAGCUCCAAGGACAUCGUGGUCAUGGAGGUCCUGCUGAACAUGGUCCACUGGCUGUUCCCAGACUUUGCCUUCAUGUGGCUGGUGGAGGAGGCUAAGAAGAACAUGCCUCUAGAGCUGGACUUCCUCAACGAGGGACGCAAUGCUGAGAAGGUGGCGGCCAUGCUCGCACACUUCCCCUGGCUCAAGGUACCUAAGAUCCACUGGGACCUGUCUACCAGGCGGAUUCUGACCAUGGACUUUGCCGAGGGAGGCCAGGUCAACGACAGAGACUAUAUGAGGAGACACAGCAUCAACGUCAAUGAGAUUUCUCAGAACUUGGGGAAGAUGUACAGUGAGAUGAUAUUUGUGCAGGGCUUCGUCCACUGUGACCCCCACCCAGGCAACGUGUUGGUGAGGAGGUGUCCCAACACCAAGAAGACUGAGAUUGUCUUACUGGACCACGGCCUGUAUCAGAUCCUGCUGCCAGACUUCAGGCUAGACUACUGUCGUCUGUGGCAGUCCCUGAUAAAGGGAGACGUGAAGGGGAUUGAGAGGUACAGUCGACGCCUGGGGGUGGGGGACCUGUACCCCCUCUUCGCCUGUGUCCUCACUGCACGCUCCUGGACCUCUGUCAACGCAGGCAUCGGCAACACCCCCGUCACACACUCUGAGGACGUGGAGAUCAGGGCGAACGCAGCUCUCUACCUCCCCCAGAUCAGUGACCUGCUGAACCGCGUGCCCCGUCAGAUGCUGCUGCUACUGAAGACCAACGAUCUUCUCAGAGGCAUCGAGACCACCCUGCAGACCAGAGCCGCUGCCUCCUCCUUCAUCAACAUGUCCCGAUGCUGCACCAGGGCUGUAGCCAGGCACAAGCGGAGCAAGGCGCAGUCGAGGGCACGGCGUCUCCAGAUCACCAUGUCGGAGUCUCUGACCCUGUGGCAAAUCAGCCUGUACGAACUGUUCCUGUGGGUCAAGGGCUCAACACUAGGAGACUGGGUCGGCUCACUGCUCAGCUGUCUACACUACACACACUGAUCAGAGAAGAGAGGCGACGACACAGACAGACAGACACAUACACAGUUAUGGGCGUACGCAUGCACACACACUUAGAGUACACACACAUACACACCCUCACACUAUGGCCUUUGGGACGUAGAGUCAUGAAACUUGACACAUGCAUACACACGCACAGGCAAUCCGCUCCAAACGCACGGAGACAGUGUAACAACUGUGUAAAUAGAUGGAUAGAGAGAGGUAGGUAUCAAUAGAACAGACAGACAGAAAAGAAAGUAGAAAAUAAAAGAAAGUGGCUGGGUCAAGCGUCUGGUACUACUCUGCUGUUAGUCCAUUGGCUGAAGAGGAAAGUUCAGGAACAGUUUGUGCUCAGCGAGGACUAUCAUAUGGAGCGCUGUAAGCGAUUGUUGUGAAUACAUGUACUGUAAAAUCAUAUCAGUUCUAUUUUUUACAACAAAGUGUCCGCUGAAUGUAUACUGAACAAAAAUAUAAACGCAUCAUGCAACAAUUUCAAACAUUUAACUGAGUUACAUUCGUAUAAGGAAAUCGGUCAAUUGAAAUUAAUUUAUUAGGACCUAAUCUGUGGAUUUCACAUGACUGGGCAG